GCAAGGAAGCGAAUAUGUAACAUGUAUCCGCACAGAAGGGAGGGAGAAAAGAAAGUUAAUAAAAGAUAGACAGUGACAGAUGUACAAUAUAGUGAAGUAGAAGAGAGGGAGAUAUAUACAAGGAACGGUACAGCUGGGCGGAAAAGGGAGGUACAAAUAUACCUGCUCUGACGCAAAGUAAUCAGCCCAAGUACUAAUUCCAACGGACAAGGAGAAGAUACAGAGAAGCUGAUCCCCAUAAACAGUCAGGAAAAAUGAAUCCUUCCCCUCUAGAUAUGGUGCGGGGGCCUAAGGCAAACGCAGCAGCAAUAGUGAAAGAACUCACAGGGCAGGUUCCACAGCUGGAUGGGCAGCUAGACCUGGGGAAGAAGGUGAGUGUCCCUCAAGAUUUGAUGUUCGAAGAACUUAAUCUGAAGCGCAACCGUGGCUCCUAUAUGUACUUAGAGAGACAGAAGCGAGUGCAGAAAUAUACAUAUGAAUACCCACCAGACCAAAUUCAUGCUGGCAGUAAAAUGAAUCACAUGCAGUCAGUUCAAGCAGCCAAUGGUGAUCACACAACAGCAACAGAAGGAAUGCAUGGGGGAGAGCACUGCCACUCAGAGAUCUACAUACCAAGAGGAGACAGCAAACCCCCCCCGAAUGUACCCAAAAAGACUGCUAAAGUUUUGCAGAUGAAGAUGUGCCUCAAUCCAGGGGCAAUAGCACCAGGUUACUCAGCCCCAUGGAAAGAGAUUCCUUAUGAGAAGUUUAACAGCACAGCCAUCCCCAAGUCAUAUAUAUCACCAUGGAUUGAGGAGCAGAACGUAGAAACAAUAGUGUCUGUCACUGAAUCCCUACCUGAACCACCCAAGACUCCUCUUAAUGUCACAUACCACAGCUUUAACAGCACUCCAAUCCCCUUUGGGAGUUUAUCUGUACUGGAAAAUACAAACUCUCCAACAAUGUUUGAAGAACUCCAAGCUCAGAUAGAGGAGGCCACCAGCGGCCUGGAACUAAUGUGCCAAAGACCCAGCUUCAACAGAACCCCACGGGGGUGGGCAAUGAAAUUCAUACCUGAAACAGCAGACCUGUAGCCGGCUGAUUGUCUGGAGCAUGUUUAUUAUGCUUUCCUAUAAUAUGCGUUUCAACUUGUAUGGAUCUUGUAUGCAAUCAUAUGCCUUACCUAAGUACAUACAGUGAGUUAUCUCUAUGCGCUCUUCAUUUUCCUAGUGUUUGUACUAAAGUUUGUUAAAAAUUGUCAUGUUGCUGAUUUUCUGGUGAAAAUUUGAUGCCAAUUUCCUUCUAUAAAGUUUGCAAAUUGUAAUCGCAAAA